ACAGCAGUACUGCAUCGCUGCUGCUGUAGCGAGCAAAAGGAUAUCACUCUCUCUUUCCCAUUUCGCACACAAGCAAGAUACAUCUUCUAUUGGGGGAGAUCAAGAUCCCCACCUGCGUGCCAUGGACAAUGACCACGUGCAGCCGUCCAAGAAGAGGAGCUUCAACGCAAUAAGCCAAGAAAAUCCCCCAACACCCGACACGCCUGAGGCGGACAGGGAAAGAGGAGGAUGGCAAUGCUCUCCAUCACCACAUGCAGCGGAAACUAGCUUCACUGACGCAGACGCUGCAGAUCGUGUUGGCCAAUACCGAACGAUCCCGCCGGUGCCACGUAAGGAGGAUGCUAGCACGGGUGGCAGGAAGACGGGAAGAUGUGUUGAAAGCAUGAUCGGUGCUGUGGAUGCGAACCGUACAGAAGAUGUCGAUCUGUCGAUAGGACCACCGCAGAGUCAGGACAGUCAUGGUGCUGGGUCGUCCGAGCUACCCCUCUCACCCGAGGAUAUCCACAGUUUCGAAGAGAACGGUUUCGUCAUGCUCAAGCGAGCCUUCGAUCCGGAUGUGGCAGCUGCAUGCAGGCAAGGCAGGAAAAUGACAAAAACGAUGGAGUCCCUGUGGAAGCGUCUCAAAGGUGAUGGUAUCCGCCGUGAGGAGCCAGCAACAUGGAUCAGGAAAAAAGGCAUCUCUGAGAUAUACGGUAUUGCAAGGUAAGUCGACUCCUUACUCACUAGGACUUGCGCCUAAUAAUUGCCUGUCGUGCUCUACAAGCACGCUGCUGGCAGAUCUCCAGCUACAGCACGACAAAAAACACCCUGAACAGCAAUUGAGUGCUAGUUAGGCUGAAACACACACGUGAGGCGUUGCCAGCAGUGAUCCGGCCGAAAUCAUGCCUUGGGGGAUGCUGCGCUUCCCCUCCCCCCCCACGACUCUCCUU